GCUUCGAACAUGACGAAAUCUACGUAAGUUGAUAUCGCGGGGUAUGCGCCAGAUCGGGACUAAGUGGUUUCUUUCUUCUAGACGUACAUCGGACAUGUCUUGGUGUCUGUGAACCCGUUUCGAGACUUGGGCAUCUAUACCGAUCGUGUCCUCGACUCCUAUCGGGGUAAGAACCGACUCGAAGUUCCUCCUCACGUAUUCGCAGUCGCAGAAUCCUCAUAUUAUAACAUGAAAUCCUACAAGGAUAACCAAUGUGUGAUCAUUUCCGGAGAGUCGGGUGCGGGGAAGACAGAGGCCGCAAAGCGGAUCAUGCAGUACAUCGCCAGUGUAUCCGGCGGAAGCGAUUCGUCCAUUCAACAGACGAAAGACAUGGUUUUGGCCACAAACCCGCUACUCGAAUCAUUCGGUAAUGCGAAGACGCUGCGCAAUAAUAACUCCUCUCGCUUCGGAAAGUACCUCGAGUUAGAAUUCAACGCCAAUGGUGAGCCUGUCGGCGCCAACAUCACCAAUUACUUGCUGGAGAAAUCGCGAGUCGUCGGUCAGAUCGCCAACGAGCGAAACUUUCAUAUCUUCUACCAGUUUACAAAGGCGGCGCCGCAGAAAUAUCGAGAUAUGUUUGGUAUACAGCAGCCCCAAUCCUACCUUUAUACAAGCCGCUCGAAAUGCUUCGACGUGCCGGGAGUCGACGACAGUGCUGAGUUCAAAGAUACUCUGAAUGCAAUGGGGGUGAUUGGAAUGAGCGAAGCCGAACAGGACAACGUCUUCCGAAUGCUUGCCGCCAUUCUAUGGAUUGGAAACGUUCAGUUUGCUGAGGACGAUUCUGGGAACGCUGCGAUCUCGGAUCAGUCGGUCGUUGAUUUUGUCGCUUACUUGCUGGAAGUCGACCCUGCUCAGGUGAACAAAGCGCUCACUAUUCGCAUUAUGGAAACCGCCCGCGGAGGCCGUAGGGGAUCGGUUUACGAAGUUCCUCUGAACACCGUCCAAGCCCUUGCCGUACGUGAUGCGCUAUCCAAGGCAAUCUAUUUCAAUCUCUUCGAUUGGAUCGUGGAUCGUGUCAAUCAGUCCUUGACUGCCAGGGAAGCCGUAUCAAACUCGAUUGGAAUUCUUGAUAUCUACGGGUUCGAAAUUUUUGAGAAGAACUCCUUCGAACAGCUCUGCAUUAACUAUGUUAAUGAGAAGCUACAGCAAAUUUUCAUCCAGUUAACCCUGAAGGCCGAGCAAGAUGAGUAUGCUCGUGAGCAGAUCCAGUGGACGCCCAUUAAAUACUUUGAUAACAAGGUCGUAUGCUCGUUGAUCGAAGACAAGCGCCCACCUGGUGUUUUCGCCGCCCUCAAUGACGCUUGCGCAACAGCGCAUGCCGAUUCUGGCGCUGCGGACAACACCUUUGUGGGCAGGCUGAACUUCCUCGGGCAGAAUCCAAACUUCGAGAACCGACAGGGUCAGUUCAUUGUCAAGCACUACGCCGGUGAUGUCAGUUACUCGGUAGAGGGUAUGACGGAUAAGAACAAAGACCAGCUACUGAAGGAUCUGCUGAACCUAGUCGGAUCGAGCGGUAACCAGUUUGUCCACACAAUCUUCCCUAACCAGGUCAACCAGGAUGAUAAGAGGCGUCCACCUACAGCUAGCGAUAAGAUCAAGGCUUCCGCUAACGACCUGGUGGCUACCUUGAUGAAAGCUCAGCCAUCAUAUAUCCGUACCAUCAAGCCAAACGACAACAAGGCCCCGAAGGAAUACAAUGUUGGAAAUGUUCUGCAUCAAAUCAAAUACCUCGGUCUUCAGGAAAACGUCCGAAUUCGACGUGCUGGUUUCGCUUAUCGUCAAACUUUCGAUAAGUUCGUAGAGCGUUUCUAUCUUCUGUCCCCGAAGACGUCCUACGCCGGCGAUUACACAUGGACCGGCGACGCGGAAUCAGGUGCUCGGCAGAUCCUCAAGGACACUAGUAUUCCCGCAGAGGAGUACCAGAUGGGUAUCACGAAGGUGUUCGUCAAGACCCCCGAAACGCUUUUUGCCCUGGAGGCUAUGCGUGACCGGUACUGGCACAAUAUGGCUAUUCGUAUCCAGCGCGCAUGGCGUAACUACCUUCGCUAUCGUAUUGAGUGCGCCACCCGCAUCCAGCGAUUCUGGCGUCGUACCACCGGCGGUCUUGAACUUCUUAAGGUGCGUGAUCAAGGCCACCAGGUGCUCCAAGGUCGCAAGGAACGUCGCAGAAUGAGUUUGCUCGGCUCUCGACGAUUCCUUGGUGACUAUCUUGGAAUGGGUAACAAGGGUGGACCGGGAGAGAUGAUCCGCAACGGUGCAGGCAUUAGCGGAUCGGAGGAUGUUCUCUUUUCUUGCCGUGGUGAAGUCCUGAUCUCCAAGUUUGGUCGGUCCAGCAAACCUUCUCCACGGAUUCUCGUUUUGACGAACCGACAUGUAUAUAUCGUGGCACAAACUCUUGUCAAUAAUCAAUUGCAAAUUUCAGCUGAAAGAACGGUACCGCUUGGUGCCAUCAAGGCUGUUAGCACCUCAAACCUGAAAGAUGACUGGUUCUCCUUGGUCAUCGGUGGGCAGGAACCUGAUCCUUUGAUCAACUGUGUCUUCAAAACGGAAUUUUUCACUCAUCUUCAGACCGCUUUGCGUGGGCAAUUGAAUCUGAAGAUUUCCGAGAACAUUGAAUACAACAAGAAGCCCGGCAAGUUGGCGACCGUCAAAGCUGUUAAGGAUCCAGCCGCGUCUCCAAACGUUGAUACCUACAAGAGUCACACUAUUCACACUAGCCCCGGCGAGCCCCCGAGCUCCGUCUCCAAGCCGACGCCGCGGGCGAAGCAAGUUGCGGCACGACCAGUCACCAAAGGAAAGCUGUUGCGCCCCGGGGGUCCUGGUGGUGGGCCGUCGAAACUGGCGUCCAGACCUGCAUCCAGACCUACACCCAAACCCCAGCCUCUGCCUCAAUCGCAACCGGCUGCGGCACGACCAACUCCUGCUCCUCAGCCAGCUGCCGUUCCUAGACCCGUUCCUCAGCCUGUUGCAGCCGCAGCCGCUUCUCAUACACGGAAUGCCUCAUCUGGCUCCGUGAGAGCUCCACCUCCGCCACCACCGCCCGCGAGUCCCCCGGCGCCGAAGAAAGCAACCGCGAAGGUCUUGUACGAUUUCACUAGUGCCCAGACCAACGAGUUGGACAUCCGGGCGGGAGAAGUUGUGCAGAUUGUAUCGAAGGAAGGAAACGGUUGGUGGUUGUGCAUGAACAUGACAACUUCCGUCCAGGGCUGGACCCCCCAGGCGUAUCUUGAAGAGCAAGUCGCGCCUACACCCAAGCCUGCUCCCCCACCACCACCACCACCAGCCGCACCGAGGGCAAGCCCGGUGCCGGCCGCCAACGGAGCCGCUACGGCGGCCGCAGCCAAGGCUAAACCGGCACCUCCUGCACCUCCUGCGAAGCGCCCGAACAUGGCUAGUAGAAAAGCGGUGCCGACACCUCCACCAGCGCCCCGGGACAGCGCCGUGAGCAUGAACUCGCACGACUCGUCUGGUGGUAGUGGUCGCGGGACGCCGAACAGUACCUCGAACGCCAGCUUAGCAGGAGGCCUCGCAGAGGCAUUGAGAGCACGACAAAACGCGAUGCAAGGCAAGCACGACGACGAUGACGAGUGGUGAUAGACUUGCUUCACCUUCUACCUUUAUUUAUUUACCUCUUCCAUUCUCAUUCCCAAUAUCCGCGCUUUUUUUU